AUGUCAAUCGACAUCAAUUGGUCACUCCUCAAUUCGUCCGAUUCAACCCAAGAUAAAGAUCAAGGUGUAGGUCCAUCUACAUCCACAUCCACAUCCACUUUCAACAAUUCUUUUUCCUCCACCAACCUCGAUGAUCCCGGCAUUCCAGAUACGGAUGUAGAAGAUGCCCUAUCAUCCUCAUUGAUCCAGCUGCUCAACGAACAACUAUCGACAUCCAAACGACCUUCAUUUAUAGGUCCUAUAACCGUCACGUCAUUUUCGUUUGGUGAUCUAGGUCCUGAAUUGGAGAUCAAGGAUAUCCGAGAUGUCUGGCGAGUGUUUGACCAAGGUGAUGAAGAGGGUGAUGAACUUUUGGCUGAACAGGAGAAAGAAGAGAGAUUGAGGAUGUUGGAAAAAGAGGAAAGGGAGAGGAUGGAAAGGAGAGGUGUGAUUAGUGGAUUGGAGGAUGAGAGGUAUGAGUAUGUCAAUCUGGAUAAUUACGUUGAUCAGGAAGAUAUACCAAAUAAGAGGGAUAUAAGAGUUGGGAGUAGGAAUAGAGAUAGAAAUAGGAGUUAUGGGCAUGGCCAUGGCCAUGGGUAUUCUCAAUCGUAUAGUAAAUCUCACUCUCAGUACGCUGGGACAACACCUAUACCAAGAUCGAUAUCCAAUACACAUACUCUGUCAAUAGCAGAUCAUCAAUCCACCACUCAAUCUCAUUCUGGUAAAUCCUAUAUCCCAUUCCCAUUCGAUCCAAACUCGUCUACGUUAAAUCACCAUCACCAACAUCCGAAUCAAAUUGGUAUUACACCUUCUACAUCUUCAGUAUCAAUGUCAAUGUUCUCGCCUGGAUUGGGUCGACGUCCAGCAUCUAUAGCUGGUAGCAUAAGUGGUCAUCGACCUCCAUCUGUAGUUGGGAUCGGGAUCGGUGUAACAUCCUUAUUACCUCCUGCAUCAGCUAUUCAUUCGAUACAUCCACAUCAAGAUCAAAUCCCGCCACCUCCUCCAGCACCAUUAACUCGCGAUCAUUCCUAUUCACUUCCACCCUCUCCACCAGCUUUACCACCCAAAGGACUCCCCGCACCAUCUUCAUCCAAUAACGUACCCUCUGCUCAGAUCCACUUUAACCUCAAACACAAAUCCAACCUCAAUCUCGUUCUCCUAACUUCCCUACAAGUAAAUUACCCAUCAAAUCUAUUCAUGUCGCUCCCUCUAAAGAUAUCUAUAACGGGAUUCACAUUGCAAAGCGAUCUCGUUGUUGCUUAUUCAAGUGAGAAAAAUAGAUUACACCUUACUGUCUUACCUCCGCAAGAUGAUCAGAAUCCUAAUAAUACCAAUCAAGACUAUGGAUAUGGAUAUGGGUAUGGGUAUAACAAACGGAAUAGCAUGUAUAGUAAUCAGAGUAUAGGAGAGAAGAUCAUACCUUCUUUACAGAUCGAAUCGGAGAUAGGACAUUCCGAUGCCCACGUCUUAAGGAAUGUAGGCAAAGUGGAGAAGUUCAUCGUGGAUGUUAUUAGGAAGACGGUGGUGGAUGAAUUGGUCUUUCCAAAUUUUCAUACGAUAGCUUUGUAA